AUGGAGGCCCUAGUCAAGAAGGGCUACGCGGAAAUAGCGCCACGUGCGUCCCACACUACAAGGACGUGGUACUUGCCGCAUUUCGCAGUCGUAAACGCUCUAAAGCCCGACAAAUUGCGAGUUGUACACGACGCAGCAGCCAAAACAAAAGGUACGACUUUGAAUGAGAAUCUAUUAACAGGGCCGGAUUUGUUACAGCCUCUUCCCGCAGUGUUAUUAAGAUUCCGGGAACAUCCCGUCGCUGUAACAGCGGACAUCACGGAGAUGUUCAUGCAGGUGGGACUACGCGAGGAAGAUCGCGACGCACUGCGCUACCUCUGGCGAGGAAACCGCCGAGAUAGCCGGCCGCCAGAGGUGUACCGAAUGAAGGUAUUAAUCUUUGGCGCAUCGUGCUCUCCUGCGACGGCGAUAUACGUCAUGAAUCGCAACGCGGAGAGACACCGACACACGCAUCCUGAGGCUGUCGAGGCGAUCAAGAAGAAACACUACAUGGACGACCACCUCGACGGCUAUGAGAAGAUGAACACAGGAGAAGCUCACUUUGAAUUAAGGAAGUGGACGAGUAACUCGCCCGCGGUGUUGAAGGCGCUCGGCGAAUCGCCCAAUGCAACCGAAGCGGUGGAAAUAGAAAGGACUGAACGAGUCCUAGGCCUUAUUUGGAGGCCGCAAGAAGACAGGUUGGCGUUCAACCUAGACUUGGCCCGCAUACCGUCGAACCUACUGAGGCGAGAAGCACCCACGAAGAGAGAAGCAUUGAAAAUAGUAAUGUCGUUGUUUGAUCCUCUAGGGUUGGUGUCGCCGAUAACUGUGCGGGCUAAACAGCUAUUACAGGAGGUGUGGCGACGCGGCACCGAUUGGGACGACCCGAUCGACGACGAACUGUCCGCCGACUGGGUGAACUGGCUCACCCAUUUGAAGCAACUCAGCGGCGUAACAGUGCCGCGCUGCUAUCCCGGCUACUCCCGAGCGAGAAAACUCCAACUCCACGUGUUCACCGACGCCAGCGAGUCAGCCUACGCGACCGCGCUCUACUGGCGCGCCGAGGACGACGACGGACGAGUCACAGUCACGUUACUGGCGGCCAAGGCAAAGGUAGCUCCACUCAAAUUAACCUCCAUACCACGGCUUGAACUACAGGCAGCUGUACUCGGCGCACGGAUGGCUGCGAGUGUGACACAGGAGCACUCCAGGCAGCCAGAAUCCACGACCUACUGGACCGACAGCAAGACAACACUGUGCUGGAUCAGAACGGGAGCCAGGUCGUACAAGCCCUACGUAGCGCAUCGAAUCGCCGCGAUAGAAGAACACACACAGGCGAAUCAAUGGAGAUGGGUGCCUACACGCUACAACGUUGCCGACGACGCUACGCGCGACGUUCCCGACAACUUCACGCGGGAACACAGGUGGUUCAACGGACCAGAGUUCCUCCACGACCCGCCGAAAACUAUGGCCUGCGGAGGAAACACAGCUGAGCACCGACACGGAGCUGCCGCCCGCGUACUACAAGCAGUACAACACUUCAAACGACGCGUCAACACGGUCCAUUACAAGAGGACCAAGGCGGCCGCAAGCGAGAAUCCGGAUUGGAGGCGCAACGAAGCCGCGAAAAAUGCGGCGAAACGAGUCGUACAAGCACCGGAGGAGCGAUUCGUGACGCUCCCAGCCGAGUUGCAAGAAGAGGCCGAGCGCAUAAUCAUAAAGGCGAGUCAGGAGGCCGCCUUCGAGGAAGAACUACGCUCACUCGAAAAGGAAAACCCGUGUCAAAAGAAAGCAGGUUGCGUGGAGAGCGUCGUCAAUUACUGUCGGCAGUACAAAUGGGUCAUUCGACUGCGCCCGACGGUCAAGGCGGUGGUCAGGAGCUGCGUCAAGUGCCGCCAGAGGGCGGCCACUCCACCGCAACCGAUAACGGGAGACUUGCCUCCCUGCCGACUGGCGCAUCAUCACCGGCCGUUUACAUACACCGGUUUGGACUAUUUCGGCCCGCUCACAGUCACCGUGGGCCGGAGUAGUCAAAAAUGGUAUGUCGCUCUCUUCACAUGCCUAACAGUGCGGGCGGUGCAUCUCGAAGUGGUGCACCCCUGA